UUUCGCGUUUGUCUCUUGGAUUCUGUUUCGUGUUUCGGGCCAAAGCCAAACAUUAUCAUUUUCAUUUUCCUCAUCAAUAAAUAAAAAUAGCAACUAAAUAGAGCAAAAUUAACAGUACAUAAUAGUUGCUUGCACUGUACACAUUACCAAAACGUGAAAUAAAUUUAAAUAAAAAGUGUAAGGUGCAGUCAAGAUUGCAGCCGAGUCAAGCGCCAACCAAUUAUCAACGUUAAUAAGAAAGAAAAAAAAAUCUCCCACAAUGUCUAACGAUAUUAUCCAAGGUGGCGGCAAUGGCAGCAACAACAACGCCAGCGACGGCAAGAUGUUCGGGUCAAAGGAUGAUGGGAACCAGAGUGCCAUUACGCCGGACCUGUUGAGCAAGUGGCGCGAGAAUUUCUACAGCGAACCCAAGAAUCUGCUUGCCCAGAACGUUUGCUCCCGUGUGGAUCCGUUCGAUGUGUGCCUGUCCCGCAAGACGCUGGAGACGACCAAUCAUGUGUUCAACUAUAAGGUGGAAACGGAGGGCAAACCGGUCACCAAUCAGCGCAGCUCCGGUCGCUGCUGGCUGUUUGCCGCCCUUAAUUGUAUACGCCUGCCCUUCAUGAAGAACUACAAUCUGGAUGAGUUCGAGUUCUCGCAGGCGUUCCUCUUCUACUGGGACAAAAUCGAGCGUUGCAACUAUUUCCUCAACAACAUCGUGAAGACGGCAAAGCGCGGCGAGAAAGUCGACGGCCGUCUGGUGUCGUUCCUGUUGCUCGAUCCAACCUCUGAUGGAGGCCAGUGGCACAUGCUGGUCAAUCUGAUAACCAAACAUGGUCUGAUGCCAAAGAAAUGCUUUCCGGAGAGCUUUAGCUGCGAGUCCAGCAUACGAAUGAAUGCCAUACUGAAGAGCAAGCUGCGCGAAUAUGCGAGGCACUUGCGUGUUCUGUUGGAGAAGCAGCCCAGUGAUGAGGAGAUCACCUGCAAGAUUCAAGAGCAAAUGUCGGAGAUCUACAAGGUGGUUGGCAUUUGCCUGGGCAUUCCCUCCGAGACGUUCACCUGGGAGUACUAUGAUAAGUCGAAGAACUAUCAGUCCAUUGGACCCAUCAGUUCGCUGGAGUUUUACGAGCGCUAUGUGAAGCCGCAUUUCAAUGUCGAGGACAAGGUGUGCCUGGUCACCGAUCCACGUCCAACGAGCAGCUACGACCAGGUCUAUACGGUCGAUUGUCUGGGCAAUGUUGUCGGUGGUCGUCCGGUGCUUUACAACAAUCAAAAUGUCGAUCUCCUAUUGGCCAUGGUGACCAAAUCGCUGAAGGCUGGAGAAGCAGUCUGGUUUGGUUGCGAGGUUAGCAAGCGUUUCGCCUCCAAGCAAGGUAUCGAGGAUGUUGAUGUCCACGAUUUCAAGCUGGUCUUCGACAUUGACAUACAAACAACAUUUUCGAAGGCGGAUCGUCUCAUCUAUGGUGAAUCGGCCAUGACCCACGCCAUGGUAUUCACAGCCGUCUCUGUGGAUAAAAAUGGCGUUGCUCAGAAGUUGCGCGUGGAGAACUCCUGGGGCGAGGAUCGUGGCGAGAAGGGCUAUCUGGUCAUGUGCGCCGAUUGGUUUAGGGAGUUCGGCUUCGAGGUGGUCGUCGAUAAGAAAUAUGUGCCCGAAGAUGUGAUGCGCGUAUUUGACAUGGAUCCCAUUGUGCUGCCCGCCUGGGAUCCCAUGGGCACAUUGGCGCAAUAAGUCGCAUGGAAUGAAGCUUUAGAGGGGGACAAGCAUGGAAAUAAUAACAAUAACAACCAUUUGGCACUGCAAGCAAUAUCCACAAAAAAAACUUUAAAUUCUAUGUUCAGUUACGGCGAUAAUCUAACUUAAAACUUUAGCCAGAUUUCUAUAUAUAUAUUUCAUAUAUAUAUACAUUUUUUUUUAUUAUUUAUAUAUAUGCAUGUAUAUAGCGCAUGCGUAUAGGCUUCUCUCAGCUGAUAUUCAUCAAGUGGCUCACAUUAGAUAAAACUUAUAUAGAGAGACAUAUACACAAACACACACACACACAUGUGACGUCAAUUGUUUUCGGUAGCAUAUUUUACUCUACAUAUAUAAUCCUAGCACACGCAUAGAAAAGAAAACUGUGUAGUUGUAAGUAAAAAAUGGUAAUGUUUUUUCAAAUGGUGACGAAGAACAGAGAGGAAGAGAAGAGUUUAGCGUGAAUUGGUGCCGACCACGCGCUGUUGGAAUGUUAAAUCGCAUUUUAUACGUACAUAUACAUAUACAUACAUACAAAUAAAGAAUUAUAUACAUA